CUUUCUUCGACGUUUCUGCCGCUGAUUCGGGAGAGCAGGGUUAACGAACGACUCUAGAUUCGAGUCUAACAGCCACUGCGGAGAGAACCUCUUCCGGCGUCCUGCAGGCGACAAGUGACUGAUUCGAGGUUCACAAUUGAGAACAAUAUACUCAAGGGUAAGGUCGUUCCCGGAUCUCCGUCCGAAUACGCCAGUUUAGGAGAACUCGUACUACAUAAACUGGAAAAACAUCCGGAAUUCGUAGGACAGGUUGAUGCUGUAACUGACGAAGCACGCACCUUCGAGAAGAUGCGGGACAGAAGCGUGAGAUGUGCUUUGUGGAUGAAAGCAAACGGUUUGCUCCCAGGAGACGUUGUUAUGAUUUGCGAUCACCAUCAUUUGGAUCUUGCAAUGCCGUGUUUAGCAGCCCUGUACCUUGGGGCCAUCUUCAAUCCCUUACACGUUGAUGUGACCGGAGAGGACCUUUACCGUAUGAUGAAAAUCACCACUCCGAAAAUGGCAUUCGUCAACGAAGAAUUAGCUGGAAUCUUUGCCGAGGCGAUUGAGAAAAUGACGGUAGACAUAAAACUUGUUACGUUUGGUCGACGUACGGGUUUUUUACAGUUCGAAAAAAUAAUCACUGAACAAAAAAUCGACGAAGUCCAGAACUACAGAUGCACACCGAUCAAAAGUUCUAAUGAAACUGCAGUAAUCGUGUGGACUUCUGGGUCCUCGGGUGUUCCGAAAGGUGUUGCAUUGCCCCACUCAGCUAUCCUGGGGCGUUUGAAGGGCCCUGCAGUUUACGGCGCUAAUGCGCUAAAUUUCACGAGUCUAGGAUGGCUGAGUGAAGUACUCAGCAUGCUCGAACCUAUAGUCACAAAUGAGACCAGGUUUUUAGCACCGACUUUCGAAGAGUACACAGCAUGCGCACUCAUCGAAAAGCUUAGAACAGUGAGCCUUUUCUUGAGCCCCUUCAUGAUCAAUAGAUUAAUAAGGUCAGAUGCCUUGGACAAGUACGACCUCUCCAGUCUUCGGCGCAUCAUUACCAGUGGAUGCAGUCUGUCGGUUGUGUCUCGAAAAGCCUUGAAGAAAAAGGUACCGCACGCUUUGAUCGCCGUUAUAUACGGCAUGUCCGAAACCGGUGGUGCUUUCUCAGUUCAGGAUAAUGAAUCGAAACCUACAUCAACUGGUGUUAUUCUACCGAAUCGCCAACUGAAAGUAGUUGAUCCUGAUACCGGCCGGGUACUGGGAGCCAAUCAAAUGGGUGAACUAUGUUUGAAGACUUGCAGCAUGAUGAAAUAUUACUGGAAGAAUCCGGAGGCUACAGUUAGUGUUCUUGACGAGGACGGAUGGUUGCACUCGGGUGAUCUUGGCUAUUAUGACGAGGAUGGGGAGAUUUUCGUCGUAGAUAGAUUGAAAGAUUUGAUCAGCUGCCCGGAAUAUAACGUAUGUCCAGCUGAUAUCGAAAAUGUGCUUCUAUCUCAUCCUGGAGUCAAGGAGGUAGCAGUUGUAGCCAUGCCGCAUCCUGUAGAUAUCGAGCAGCCUAUUGCUUUUGUGGUUAGAACCGAUGCAUCAAUAGUCGACAAACAGGUUACAGAGCAAGAGUUGAUUGACUUUGUCGCUGCAAAAUUGCCUGAUGGUAAACGGCUUCGUGGUGGUGUUAGAUUUUUGGAGCACUUACCGAAAACCUCAACCGACAAAGUUCGUCGCAGCGAACUACGGGAAUUAGCAAGACGUAUUGCGCUGACAUAAAAACAUCGAUUGCAAUGUUUGUAAUGUGUAAAGAAUCAGACGUUGGUUGUAACUGUAGUAUAAGCUCGUUUCGUUCAUCAAAGGCCGCUAAUAAAAUA